GCACCAAGUAAAUGGGGGGGAUGAAACGGCACUGCAUCACCACACAACGCUGCAGCGCUUCGUAACGGCCAUUUACUCUGUACUUUGACAUAGCAUGGAGGCAUCAACGCAUCCCCUUCCACCUCCGGCCACGCCAUCACCACCUGCAUCUCCCACACGAAAGCUCAGUCUGAACGACCGCCCGAAAUUGGCUCGCACGCCAUCGGCAACUAUUCAAGUCGUGGAAACGGAAGUGGCGGCGGUGAAGGUCGACGACGCAGGGGCGCCGCAUCGCGUGAACGACUACGUCGUGGUCAAGCAACUGGGCGAAGGCGCGUUUGCCAAGGUGUAUUUGGUCGAGCGGACCAAGGACGAGGCUACGAAACAAUUCGCCAUGAAAGUCUUCAACAAGUCGUUCUUAAAACGCAAGCGGGAGUUUAAAAAAGUCGACGGGAAAAUGGUACAAACCAAUGCGUUCCAGAAAGUGCAAAAGGAAGUCGCGAUCAUGAAAAAAUUAUGUCAUCCGCACUUGACCAAGCUCUACGAGGUGAUUGACUCGCCCGACGACGACAAGAUGUUUUUGAUCUUGGAGCUGCUCUCCGGCGGCCAAAUCAUGGAGUUUAACGCAAAGUCGUUGCGGUACACGUACCCUGAAGAAGGCAUGGAAGAGGCGGCGCGCCUCUUGAUGGUGCAGAAUUGCUUGCUCGACAUUGCGUUGGCCCUCGAACAUUUACAUGCAAAUCACAUUUGCCACCGCGACAUUAAACCAGAGAAUGUGCUGGUGACCGACACGGGCUUUUACAAACUGGGGGACUUUGGGGUGGCGUACAUGUUUACCGAAGACAACGCGAGCAACGCCCUUCAGCUCAAGUCCACCGAAGGCACCUACCAUUUCCUAGCCCCUGAGUGCACCACUGGCGAGCCGUACGAUCCGUUUAAAGUGGACAUUUGGGCCCUGGGGGUGACCAUCUACGCCAUGCUGUUUGGCACGGUGCCGUUCGGGGGGCAUGCUGAAACUGUGCCAGGAAUCCUCACUUCGAUUCGAGAUGAUCCGCUAGUGUUUCCAAGCGAAAGCAGCAUCCCGUCGGACUUGCAGGAGCUGGUGCUCGCGAUGCUGGACAAGAACCCCACGUCUCGUAUUUCGGUUGGUGACAUCUUGCACCACGCGUGGCUCGUCGAACACUCGGUGCUGAAGCGGCCAUCACCGACGCAACUCGUGGAAGUGACGGUGGAAGACAUCGACUUGGCCUUCACGCCAAUUAACAACUUCAUCUUGAUGACGAAGCUCAAGAUGAAAAUGCACGGCCGGCUCUCCCAUGCGCGGUUGUCGCUGUCCAAGCGCUUCUCCAGUAGCAGCAGCCCCGGAUCGCCCCCCCGGUCCCCCGAUCGGAACCCCCCCUCCAUGCGCGAGUUUCAUGACGAUGAUUUGCAUGCCGUGCAAGCGCCAGAGCCCAUCGAACCGUCGGGGAACUCUAACACCAGCGACGCGUGCUCGCUCAUGUAGUGCAAUGCGAAAAAUGCACUCCCCUUUUGCGAUAGAAGUAACUUUAUUAUGUGUUCUAACGUCACUAAAAAUUUCCUCCGGCGGUUGGUUGAAUGAACCGCCGAACA